AUGUGGAUCAUUGUUUGGGUCCUGAUUAAUGUGAUAUGGAACAUAGUGGAUACCAGGCACAUCAACAAAUUAAGCAAAGGUAAACAAUAUUCGUUUCACAAUUUAUUGCUGCCGUCAGACAUAUUCACUAAUCUAUCACAAAAUAUAAAUGGUUGUUUGAAUUGCCUAAUUCAGGGAAGCAAUUUCAAUUGACGUCUCUCUUAUCUCUGUAACUAACUAUAACCUGUUUGCGACAAACAGUGGGAGAUAAACAGCACCACUAGUUAGAGUCAUAACCAAAAUUCAGACAAACACGUCCCCUGUUUCAUUUGGUUGGUCUGAGCCACAUUUUCGCCCCGGGCCAUAUUUAUCAAUAGCGGUGAAAGUUAGACAGUCUCUUUUCUUUGUAACUUUAAUUUCUACGCUUGGUAAACCCACUGCAACGAUAAAAAUGAUACAAGACAUACAAGGAUUUGUUUCUACUGAACUACGUACGCGAGCAGGAAUCCCGUUAAUACAGUUACUUGCAACACAAUUUUUGUUAAACAAAAGAAAAUCGUAAUACUUUCGCAUUAUAAACUGUUGUCCUCUCCAUUUAUUUUAUUGAGCGUUAUCGUUCCUUAUAUGUACCAGUCACAAUGUUACUCCUUAUUCGGAGUUACUUUUCCCUCUCCUCGACUCAUGGGCCGACAGAUAAACGGCGACAACAGGCCUCAAAGUUUUCAAAUCGCCACUAUGUACCACUCUGUAGACCGCUGCUUCUUGGGUCAUUUCAGGGGAAAGCUGAGAGAUAAAUUCCCCCCGUGUGCCACGCCUCAUCCGUUUAUGAGUUUAUUUUAAAUCCCGAAAACUGAUGUCCAACUGUAUGAUCAUACGGAAAUAAUCCCUUAAGAGUUCACGGCUGCUUAAAAAUCCACCAUCAUGAAACACUUCUGCAUGUUCUGUUCACGCUGCAUGUGACUUUGGUCCAUAGCGACCAUCUGUCAAACCAGUAAUCUCUCUGUAACUAAGUAAGGAGAAAAAAUAUCGACCUUUUAAACUUGCGCUUGAAGAAAAUAUCUCUUCAAACUCAAAGGUGCGACGCUUAAUCUGUAGAGGAGUUUAUUCGAAUAGAUACGGUAUAUGUAUUCCGAAAGAAAGAUCUAAAUUCCAAAGUCUGGUUUAUUUUGUCUGUUAGCUAAGAAGGGUGUGACCAAUUCAUAUGAGAAUUUUAAUCGAAAUUUUCAACCGUUUUCCUGCUUGGUCGUCAUCAUGAACGUACUCAACAAAACGCUUUCUCAAUAUUUUGUGACACAGCUUUAGAACUAUAAACUCGGCGGGAUGUACACAGUAAUUAAGGAGAAGAGCUAACUUUAACAAAUUUUAUCACCAGCUUUUUCCUGAUAAUGCUAUUAAUAAAUUUUGGAAUUAAGGAAAAUAACUCAUUUCCAAUGAUCAUGAUUAACGCUUUUCUUAUUUCUUUCUCUAACACAAAACCAAAGAGGAUCAAGAGUUUGAAAAUCUAGAGAAAAGACAGCAAAUCACCGGAGAGCUGGAAAUAGGUGGCCAAAGUAGGUGAAAUUUAAGCAUGUGCUAAAUACUUAUAAAAUACAUUUGAAGUUGACUGUCAGCAAAAUCAAAAGAGGCCACUUUUGCCGAGACAUACAGUCAGCUCUGAUUUCUAUGACGGUCACCUUUGGGAUUGGCACUAAGUGUCCAUCUUAUAGAGAGUCAAACAAAGGGGAGAAAGGAAAGGAUAGGACCAACUCAGUGUCCGUUUAAGCGAGGUGUCCGUCUUAUAGAGGUGUCCGUUAAGAGAGAGUCGACUGUAAUCUUAUGAAAAUCCAACGAAAGUGUUCGUAGCAAUGGAAUCUCUUGAGACUGGCCUACCCUACCACACUUAGAUUAAAAAUGAGGGUCCUUGGGUGACGGCGGGUUGGAAAUAAAUAGAUAAGAAGUUAACAACUGUUAGUUUACAGUUGAAUCGCUAAUAAACCCUAACACCUCUGUUACCACUUUUUAAGAGACCAACCGAUGUAUAUAUGGUCGCUACCUUUUCUUUCCCAGGGGGGUGGGCGAGGUUCGACUGUAGUUAUCUAUAACUAGGACAAGUUAUAUAAUUAGAAACCACUUUCUAAGAAGCACACUUGGAGAAUACAUUCAUGUCUUUCUUGCGUCCCACAUGUGUGCACCUUCAGUUAGUGUAUCAUCAUAGUUCUAAUGAAAACUUGGAUCAGAAUUUUUUUACAUCGUGCGAGUUCCGACAAACCAGUUAAACUAAGAAUGACUAAUACAAAUUUCAUCAAAACUAAAAUUGUCGAGCGUUGCCAAAGGAUAUCAAAUCCGUUAUAAUGAUUCAAGUGCUCCUUUGACAAAAUGCAUCCCACGUCCUUUAUAGGGUUUGAGAGUCUUGGUUGUUGGCGAGAUGCAUGGUCACGUAGCCUGCCCACGCUAGAAGGGGAACACUAUUUACUAAUGGAUCCAAACUACAAAGGCAGAAGACAUGCCCUAUUUAAGUGCGCAAGAGCAGCCUUAGACAAAGGCUAUAAUUUGUUCGGUAUUGAGAAUGGCGGACAGUGUUUUGCCAGUGCCGAUGAAGAUAAAGGUUAUCACAAGUAUGGAGCUUCGAAAGAAUGUAAAGGUAAAACGGCUUGAAAAUCGCAUCUUUUCAAGCUAUAUUUUAAGGAUAUAUAGUGGCAGUUGUUUUGGUUAGCCCCUAUGUUACAAUAAGUUCUGAGGAUAAGACACAAAUUCGAGUCGCUUUUAAAGCAAGUUAUGAAAUAACGUUCUUCGCCGCCUUGUUUCAGGGGAUGGCAAAGGUGGUCCAUGGAGUUUACAAGUGUAUCGGUAAGUAUCUUUUCCAAGGGGCGCUGGCAAAUUUUAUCAUUUCAUAAUUAGUCGUAUCAACCUAUAAGAGAAAAGCCCUGAGGACGAGGCUGUUUUAUUACCAUCUGCAUGUUGCAGCCGUGAAUUCUCCCUCAGACGUACACUGUUGAAACAGCCAAAAACUGUCGUCUUAGCGGAGGUGUCUGCCUUACACCAACUAUAGAGAGACACUGAAAAAAAAAUUGGCAGAGACCUGAACGGUAGGCAACAGUUUUUUGGGAGGUUUUGCGGCUUAUAGAGAUAGUUGAACAGUCAGUGUUUUUGUCUUUGCAUUUUUUGGCCGAUUUUUAAAAACGUUACCGCCAAAUGAACCUUUUCUGUCCAACGGUAUUUUUUUUGCCAAAAACUAUCCUCAUAGUAGCCAUUAUAAAAACUAAGAGUGAAACCAUUGGCUUUUUUUUUCUUCUCCUCACUUUCUUUCUCCUCGAUCUUUCUUUUUGUCGUUUACUUUUUCUUCUUUAGUGUGAUUUUGGAGAAUAUCGGGCCCAAUAAACCUGCUUUUUGACGGCUUGUCACUCAAAGACGGCAAAUUUCGUUAGGUUGGUUUUCAAAAAGAUUGGCUAGAUUUACAUUACCGACAACGAUCUGGUAUUCAUUCGGUUACCAAUUGUGUUUUCAGGUUUCUAAACAAGCAUGAUGCUGUCAAUGGUGCGUAUGGUCAGUGGUCGUCAUGGGGAACAUGCAGCAGAACAUGCACAGGAGGUGUCAGGCGGCGCAUGCGUAAAUGUUCAAAUCCUCCUCCAUCAAAUGGAGGGCUCGACUGCAGAAGCUUGGGUCCAAGCGUAGAAAGCCAAGACUGCAACGUUGAAUCAUGCAAAAGUAAGGAACAUAUUAACUUCCGGCUGACCCAACAUUGUCUGAAUUCUUAGUUGUAUCAAUAAAUAAAUCAAUCAAUAUCCAUGGCUUGCUAGGAUCUUACCAAUUGUGUUUAUCAUUAUAUUAAAUUAGAUGAGCACUGACCGUACUUAAACUUCCAAUUUAAAUAGUUUACUGGUCACAAUAACUUCUGUAGUGAUGGCAAUGCAGACAAGUAAAAAGCGGCAACUAAUUAACUCGACCUAUUUAAUUUCCCUAUUUCAUUUUCAGUUACAUUUGGUGUUGGAAAACCUGAAUCUAGAGAUCUUCCCUUAGAGUCAACGAAACGAGACGAAAAACAAUCACAGCCGCUGGUGGCAGCCACUCCUUCUUUUCCACUACCAACGAAUGGUCAACAUUUGGACCUUCCAGUAAACAUAAAGGUAACAUCUGUCGAAAGCAAUAACAACAUUCAAGCCAAUAACGACAAAGGCGAAUACGUAUCCAUGCCUAACAAAAAUAACCAAGAUAUGAACCAGGAAACUAGCGGAAAUCAACAAUCCAGCUCUAACCAAGAUGGUGAUCAGGUUAAGAUGCAACAAGGGAAGUAUAUACCAAUGUCCAGAGAAGACAUUAACGCGUUUAAACAAGUGGCGACCUUUCAAAACUCAAAAUCAGGAUCGAAUGUAGAACAGGCAAAACAUUUGCAGGAAAGCCAAAAGCCAUUUAUGGACGGCAGAGACCAAGAGAAUUCUACACAAGUCCCCACACAUCAAAUGGCAAACAAAAAGCCGCCACUCCGAAAUGGCAUGCAUUCGUCUUCAACAGCUUAUCAAAAGCCCGAUGCUGUCCAUGGUAAUGAUGACGUCGAGGCUGGUCUAAGUUCUUCGCAAAUGUCAAGUUCAGGGGAAGGUAUCACCAGUGAAAACUCCCCCAAUGAAGAUAACAGAAUCCGUAACAGCAGUAAUUAUAAAGGGUCAAACGAGGAGGAUGAUAAGCAAUCUGAAAACAGAAUUGACGAGGAGUCAAUGACGUCAAAUGCAAGUGGGAAAUUUCAUGACGAAAAGUCAAGGAAAAUAACUAAUGAAGGACAAAACCAAACUCAAAAAGGAUUUAGCAAAGUAGGUGAAUCGUUAAGGGUAUCAGGUCCUGAAUUUCAGGGGAAAAUUUCAACGGAUAAUGAGCCGGAUGGAUCUCAACAUUCUAGCAAGUUUGAGAGUGGGUUAGAUGAUGCACGUAAUGUUGAGAUACAAAUGACUAAUAAAGGGACAAACAUAGAAAAACAGUUAAACAAAACGCGUCAAGAUUUCAGUAAUCAACCGCAGGUAGUCGAAGAUCAAGAACAACAGCCGAAAGGAACCGCUAAGGAAAACUUUAAGACCGCAGUUCAAGGUUCAGACCACGCCCCUGUAAACGUUGAACAAAAAGCCGCAGACAUACAAGGCCAAGAGGGCAGAAAAACUGCCAACAAAGUUCAGGAAACUUCGCUUGGAAAACAAUCCUUAAACCUUAAAGGAGACCAGCCGUCUGAUAAACACUAUAACAAAGACACUUCAGACGGUAGUGAAGAAUCUCAGCCAAAGGCAUCCGAGGAAGAAAGACACGAUGAAGGGCGAGAAAAAGAAAGAGCGUCUUCGACGAAGAUCCAGUUCCAAGGGCCAGUAUCUCAACAGGGAAAUAAAGUUGAUGACUCCAGACAUUCUCCGAAUAAAGCAGACGCUUUGUCGACAGAUGGAGGGAAGCCGGUUGACAGCCACAGCCCACAACCAGCACAAACUUCUCCAAACCAAAAGCAAGACGGUGAAUCAAUGUCACAGCAAGAGAGUCCCCAGAACGUUCACGACUCUGACAAAAUGUCAUCUUCAAAUGAGAAAACAAGCUCGCAGAACUCACCGGAAGGUGUAAAGAAUGACAAACAUGAAUCAUAUGAGGGGCAGCCGUCUCGGGAAGAAGGAGAACCAGUACCAAUAGUUGACCUGAACAAAUCUGGUGCAAUGAAUGGUGAAGAUUAUGGGCCAGCUCCCAACGGAGAGUUUUCGGGUCCAGAUGAAAGCAAUUCGAUGCAAAGUCAGCCCCAGACGCCGGGCCCCGUGUAUGAUAAUGAGGCAAUACAAGGAAUAAGCGAAAUGUCUCAAAGAGCCGAUCAAAGUGUUUUUCAACAACAAAACCCCGGAAACCAGGCUGGCCCUGAUGAGAGCUCAGAAAUUGGAUAUGAUGAUAUGGGCUCACCACAAGCGUAUACGGGUGAAAAUGUACGGGAUACAGCCAGACAACAAAAACAAAAAGAAGCGGCAAUUCAAGAGCGAUUUCCAGACCAAGAAGAAGGUCAAGGCCAGGUUGGACUGACAUCAGACUACUACAAUACAGAGCCUGCCGAAGAUUGUCUAUGUCCAAAAAAAGGUGAUGGGUAACUUGCUGGGGAAAUGGCUUUUCAUAAACACCACUAGAUCAGAAUAUAUUUUGAAGGGGCUUCUUUACAGUGAAAAACCUAGUGGUACUGAUAGAUCGAUUUUUAUUACCAUAAAUUUGGUGAGUCAUAUAUAGCUGGGCCAUAACUCCUAUAUUCAGCACCACGAAUAAAGGCUAAAUUUCAGCUAUCAAAAUUCAAAGGAAUCCCAGAACAAUGGGACUCGUCAAAUCAAAGACUAAAAUGACAUUUUGUUAUUUAAAAUUAAAAUUUAAAAUAUUAUACGUAAAAUGAAAUUUUUUUUUCGACCUUUGUCACUCGAUGUUGCUCGAUCGCUAUUUUCGUUAACUUAAAAACUAAUUAACGGUCACUCUUUAACUUAAUUUCUACACAGAAUGUUCCGCAAAAGCUGACAUUGCCUUUCUGGUUGACGGAUCAGCUAACAUCCCUCAACCCUACUAUGCACGUGUUCUCGAAUUCAUCAAGAUCUUUUCCCGCGGAUUUGACAAGAGCAAUAUUCAUGUUGGAAUGAUGGCUUAUGGAGAUGAUGUCAAAACAGCUUUUGACCUCAAAGCCCUGUCUGAUUUCAAGCAGUUCGAUGAUUCCGUAAGCAUUGCUCCCUACAUAGGUGGAAGAGCGCACACAGGAAAAGCUCUUUCAAAACUGAAAACAGGGCUCUUUGAAAUGUCUGGUCGCCAGGAUGCACCAAGGGCCUUGAUACUUUUGUCUAGUGGAGGGUCUGCUGAUGAUGUUGUGGCACCAGGCGCAGAACUGCGGGAUUCUGGGGUUAAGGUCACGGCUAUUGGUUUAGGGAAACAAGCUAAUGUUAGAGAACUGAUAACCGUUGCAUCAGAACCCAAAUCAGAACACGUGUUUACGGCAUUCCUGGACACACUGCCCAACGCUAUGGAUGAGAUCAUACAAGGCGUCUGUAGAGGUAAUCUCAGCUAUUCACUACAUAUAGGUACACAACGGUCUCCAUGAGAAAACAAAAACAUGUUUCCAGCAAAAUACCACCUGUUUACUGUUUGCCAUGUUUUACAGCGGGAUCGCUUCUUGUGCUUAAUCUUCAUCUGCAACCCAAAUAGUCUAGAAAAACAGCCCCUCCGAUUCCACCAAGCAAAGGUUAACAUUCGUCUUUACAUAACAACUAUACAAAAUAUUUUAUGCUAUAAUUAGAGUGUAUUAGUUUAGUUUGUCACAUGUGAGGAUAGGCGUUUGUCUCGGAGACGAUCUUCAAACAUUCUAUCGGUCUGAAGCAGACGGAUAGAACGUGUUGGACAAUCAAAACUCUUUCAGACGAACAUAACUGAGCCAGACGUCGAACUUUUUAUGAACUUAACUCACUGAGUUUGGUUCGUCCCAUGAAAAGCCCUCCCCCCAGUCCCCUUGCCAGUCGUUGGGGAGGGGGGAGGCAGCGGGGGGCUAGGUGGGGGGAAGAGAAGGAUGGCAUUUCAGACUAAGUCUGUAACUUUUCUUUUUAAAGUCCAGGAUUUAAAAGAAAGUUAAGUCUAUUUUUCUUAAUUCCUACUAGAUGUAAUGGGAAUUGUGCGAGACAGGCAGGAGCCAUGCACCUGUGAAACUUUCAGUGCUCAGGGUGCUCAAUCGAACGAUUACACUAAAGUGCCUGUAGACAAGGAUACUAAUGACGAGAGGCAGAGUACCCAGCAAAUACAAGGCUCGUCAUAUCCCCAAGAUCAGAGAGACUUGGAAACUAUGAGAGUUCCACUUUACCAAAAUAAGCUGAGCCAAGGUUUUCAGCUUCCUAAUAGCAGUAACAAGGACUUUAAGAUCGUUGAAGUUGGUUUAAGUGCGGCUACUCCUGGAAGUGAUAACCGUCCAUUUAAUAAAAACUUUGGCCAACAAGGUAAUAACAAUAACCUCAAGCCCGCCAUUGGCCAUGGAUUUCGCCUGACCGGGAUUGGAUACAGUAAAGACAUACAAGGUGAAAAUCAAGACCAUGCCUUAGAAACAUCACAAGAUCCUGGUGUUCAAAUGGCCAGACCGUUUGGUAAUCGACUGCGACAGUCGCCUGUUACUAAUGAGCACUCAAUCGGUGCAGAUGACAAUUUCAUUCUUCCUGAUUUAAACAACAGUAAAAACGAACAUUUAAAAACCGACUUUUCAAAUCAUGAGCAGAAUCAUAUGGAUGGGCCUCAGAUGCAUCGUUUUGCUGCCGGCCUCCCUGAACACUACAAACCUCAUGGUAAUGAUGGCGCAGACAAACUACCAAACCAAGGGGCAUACGGUGAACAGCCUGUUGAAUCACUUUUCCUUUAUCAGAAACCAGGUGCGAAACAAGAUAAUACUUUUUCGCAGUCUUCGGCUGUAAAUCAAGCUCGAGGUCCCGGAUUACUUGUUAACUCUACCGCUUCUAUCUAUCCCGCUGACAAUGUUUAUGGAAGGCCUCUACAGCAACAGCGAAAUCCCACAGCUAAACAAGGCGAUUUGACAUCGGAUUACAGAAGGCCAACCAAGGUUAUUGCUGUGGGGAAACCUGCAGAGUACGUCAAUUCUUACCCACAAGAACAAAACCGACAGGGUGAGAUUAGUUUGUGCAGGCUCCUGGUUUGUGCAAAUAUCAUUUAGAAACAAAACAACACAAACAAAAAUAUAUACAAAAAAACCAACAGAAAAUAUAACUUUACUUGGGGGCUUGGGGGCUGUUGUGUACGCCUCACCAUGUCAUUGCGGUUAGAUCUGAAUCUAACCGACUGCUAGAUAACUGUUUUUACCCACAUUCAAAUUUUCUCAGUGCAAAGUCGAUAUAGGUUUGAGAGGCUUGCAGUUAAACGUAUUUGGCUAGCUUAAUUCAUGAUUAAGGCCAAAACAGUGUAAUUUCGUGUUGUUGAUAUUAGUAAUCCCAGCAACCGAAUAAAGUCCUAUCUGUGGUGGAACACCGCACUGUGCUCAAAUAGCUAACUUGGGACUCUGGCUGGGACAGACGGUUCCUAUCUCAGUCUAUCUAUAAUCGGUUUGGUUACAUAGCGUCAAUACUCUUAUAUUUAACUUGUAAAAACAGAAACUGUUAUUACCAAUUAUGACAGAUAUUUUCCGGAGGAACAGUCGUUUUUGGUCUGUCCCCUUUAGAAUUAAAAUUCAUUCCCCUCAGUGAUUGAAUUGUUUGAUACAUAGUUUCCCUGACGGAAUAUCUUUCAGAAUGCUCUGGAGUUAACCUCGGAGUGGUCCUCGAUAGCACUGCAACUGUUAAUGGCCAAGACCUAAAUCAAGCUACAAUGAUGAUGAAUUUGGCCAAGAAGGUUUCUCAUCUGUUUGCCUCAUCCCCAGCUGGGAAUAGCGUUGGCAUGGUAGUGUAUGGUGGUUCACCACAACCUUCAGUGGUCCACUUCGACAAAUUUCUGGAUCAAAAGACCAUGGAUGAAGCUAUUGAAAAUGCAAGCAAGCCGAGCGUUGAGAUGAAAAUUGGGAAAGCUCUGUCGAUGGCACAGCAAGAACUCUUCAGUCAGCUUUCUAUGUUUAAUCGCAAUAUAUUGCUGCUUGUUACAGAUGGUGCAUCUUUUGAUGACGUGAGUCGUCCUGCAUUGGAACUGAAAAGGCGGGGUAUUGAAGUUUUCUGUCUAGGUGUCGGCAAAGAUGUAAAUGAAGCACAACUUGACUUAAUUGCAUCCGACCCAAAGGAGAAUCAUGUGUUUUUGGCGCCACUUAAUGAUGCCGAUGCGCUGAUGGGAAGAAUUCAAAGGGAGAUAUGUUUGGCAGCGAAUAGAGAAAGUAAGUUGUUUUUCAAGUCGACAACAGCAUUAGCAACCAAAUCACGUUCUAAUGCUCAAUUCAAAAUGCAUGUAAAUAGGCUCUUUAAUGGAGCAAGUAGGGAUGAAAAACAUACAAAUAAACAGUAAAUGAUAACCAAUCAACCACUUGAUUAAUCAACCGAUCAAUCAAUAACAAGUAGAAAUAUCAAAGUGCAGACUUUUCAAUUCGACCCGCUGACAGGCCAUUUACCUGAUUAUUAAUGUCCGUACUAUGCCCUCGAAUAGAGGCUUUUGACAGGUUAAAAAAAAUUGCUGUAUUGACACCCAUGCACGCCAAAGCAAGGACAGUGAAUUCAGUCUAUUGAAAGUGCGAACGUUUGGUAUCCUGUGAACAUCUCACUAAGUCUAGAAGAUAGCUUCAUCCGGAAUCUACAUAUUCUUGUAUAGACGUCCAGAUCUGCUAAAAGAAGAAAGUACGUCAGGACCGUGCAGUCAAUUAAAUCACACUGUUGUUUCAUGAAACUGGCCUUAAUACUGUCUUACAUUUUGUGUUCACACCAUUUAGCAUUUAGUUGAUUACAGCUGGUGCUUUUGCAAAGAAAAAAGUACAAAAGCGCAAAUUCUCACAAGAAACAAAAACAACGUUCAUAACAAUAGUAAUGAUAAUAAUAACGUUGAAGAUGAUGAUGAUGAUGAUGAUGAUGAUGAUGACGACGACAACGACAACGAUUGGGCAGAAAACCUAGGCUAAUGAGCCCUUAUGGAUCCGAUAGUAUUAAAUACUGAACAAGAAAAAUGUUAAAAACGAACAAAAGGGUAACUAAUAUAAAUUAAGGAAAAUUCACUUAAAGAGAAGCAGGAUUAAUAUCACCUAAGUUAGACAUUUGUAUUCUAGACGUGGACAGCAUCAUGAUCUUUAUAUAUUUUAAAUUUCCUCCAGUUCAUUUUGCUGAUGCCUGCUUUUUAUGCAAGGGUAUGUUAUGUUAUAUAAAGAGUGAGCAACGCAGGGUACCAAUUUUACAAACUCUGAAACGAAGAUUUGAUCAAGGAAGCAAGCGUUCUAAUAAGUUUUCGUUAAGACCGCCACCACCAUCUGUUUGGUUUAACUGCAGUAUCAUACAUUACAUCAAAUCAUUCAACUACUUUGUGCCUAACAGAUUAUGUCGCUCACGUGCGCGUAACAAAGAGCAGUGAUUCACUAACCCAUAACCCACCUUAUCUAGAUUUUAAUUGCCUCAUUACAACGAGCAGCUAAGGGCACAUUUACCGUUUAGUAUUAAUCAUUAACAUGAGAUAGCUAACUGCUGUAGCUUACAGCUCCUUUUGACUAAACUAUAAAUGGCUUUCCUUAAAACUAAUUUUCGACAUUCGGCGUGUUUGCUUGCAGCUCGCUUCUCUACCCAGCGAAAGUGUCCUUCUGACCUUGGAUUUGUUAUCGAUGGCUCAAGAAGUGUCGAGGUUCUUGGAAAAGGAAAUUUCAAGAAAAUGCUGGACUUCGUUAAAAAUGUUUCCGUGGGAUUUUCCCCUGAAGACACCCGCGUUGGGGUCAUAACGUAUGGAACAGAGCCCCAACUGGUUAUCCCUUUCAACAAAUAUACCACACCAACUAGUCUGGCCUUUGCCAUCGAGAACGUUCCUUACCCCGGGACAUUUACCAUGACAGGAAAAGCAUUAACGCUAGCCAAUCAGAAGCUUUUCGAUAGCGGAAGUCGAAUUAAUGUCCCCAGAGUUCUAGUUGUUCUUUCAAAAGGCGCAUCAAAAGAUAACGUCCAAAAAUCGGCAGAGGCUCUGCACAAGUCUGGAGUGGCAGUCAUUUCUGUUGGUUUGGGUCCAAGUUAUGACAUUACUGAGCUGAACAAUAUUGCUUCAAAGCCUGUUGCUUAUAACGUCCUUAAAACUGAAUUUAAUAAUUUACCAUAUAAAGUAAAAGAGCUGCAAGACAAGAUAUGCCAGGCUAACGACAAUAAGAAACUACUUAUUUAA